UAUUCGUUGAUUUUACAACCUCCUUCGUCAUUUUAAACAUGCAAAUUAAAUACUUUAGUGAAUUAUUAAUCCUGAAAUCAUCACCAGACACAAGUAUGGUUGCUGUCACUCGUUAAAGUUUAGACCAUUUAAGAAAUUCAGCAUCCGGUUUAGCAACUUUGGGGUUGAUUUUCAGUUAACAGAAAGGAAAAGGUAAACUGCAGAGGAGAGGAAACACACUGGAGGAACUUGUACAAGAGGUUGUAGAUCUAAAAAAGGAAACGCACUGUCUCAAAGUCCAGCCUAGCCCUUAUAUAGAAACAGUCACAUUACCGUAUUUUAUGGUUUAGUGUGUCAUUUGCAAUGCAGAGAAUGAAGUCAGCUGUUUGUGGUUUUCUGUUUAGAACUUAUCCAAAUAAUGUCUUAAAUAAAAUGUUGCCUUCGUUCAGCCCACCCUUCCUCAACCUCCACCCCUCUUGUGUGACUAACCAUGUACGUAAUCAUUGUGAUUAAUUUAUGGUGCACUGAUAAUACAAAGUUGACUCAUGAAACAAGCAGGACAAAGUGCAGCAGUGUCCACAGUCACAGUGUUUGAGUCUUUAUGGUAAUGCUGAAGAUGGAAUGAGCUCCUCUGAAUGAACUUUCAUUUUAACCUGCAAACCAGCACAGCAGAGAUCGCGGUCGUGCACGUUUCCCUCCAUAUGAACCAAACAGCAGCUGGAGUGCAACAUGUGGCUGUGGGCUUUACUCCCCGUCUGCCUGGCUGUCUUUGGCACUGCGGGCAUCUGGACUGUGUUUGCCGUGGCUGUAACAAAUGGAUCAGUCAACCUCACAGAAGGAUUCCCGUACAUUAGUCAGUGUGGUACUUACAACCCUCAGAGCUGCCUCUUCUCCCAGAUCUGCAACAUCUGCUCUGUUUUAGCUCUGUGGAUUGUGGUGAUCCGCUUCCAGCAGGUCAGAGAUUUCGGUAACCAUGGAAAGGCUAACAUAGCCAGCAUUGUCUUGGGAUUCAUCUCCUCUUUGGGAAUCUCUCUCAUUGGCAAUUUUCAGCAAUCAGUCCUGAUGAAUAUUCACCUCUUGGGGGCAUUCCUGGCUUUCUUCAUUGGUCUGGCCUACUUCUGGGUGCAGUUGUUUCUAACUUAUCGAGCUCAGCCGUCUCAGAACCGAUGCUGCGUUGGAGCUGCCAGGACCACCUGCUGUAUUCUCUGUACCAUCCUGGUCAUCGUCAUGGCUGUUCUCCACAAUACAGGCCAUCCAUCUGGGGCUGCGGUGUGUGAAUGGGCUUUGGUCAUGCUCUUCUUCUGCCUGUUCGGCCUCUUUGCAGCUGAGUUCAGACACAUCGACUGCCACCAACUCACUGUUCAGAAACAAGCUGUGGGACAAGGCCACAGCCCUGCCACGCUAGAAAUGAAUGGAUGUGUCGGUUGACUGCUUGUGGUUAAAGAACAACAAUCUUCUUUGGCUGCACCUACUGUUGUGGUUAAAGUAGCCUGUAGCUGUCCAAGAGACAGGAUUCAUUGGGUUGUUUAUAUUAUGUUUCUGUUAUGUGGUUAUUUGAGUUAUUAAAGUAUUUUAAAUGA